AUGCAGCUAAAACGUGCAGUUACUGAUUCUCGAUUUGGUUCUAACGAUAAAAAAAAAACAAAGAUUGAUUCUGAUGAUGAGAUUCCAUCAGACACUGAUGAAAGCGAACUGAGUGAUGUGUCAGGCGAGGAGCCCGAGGAUGAAUUUGAUGGAGAAACACCACACGAAAAGCAUGUUAGACUAACAAAGAAAGCUCUAGCUGAGGCCCUAAAAACAGUUGGUUCUGACGAGGAAGAUGCGAGGGCAGCAUUGUCUGUACGCUUGCAGGAGGAAGCGCUCCAGGCCCGGGGAAAGCUAUUCUCUAAGAUAGCUCACACUUAUAAGCCUGUUUCUCUUGCCGACGCCGUUUGUCUAAGGGGCCAUCGAAAGUCAAUAAAUUGUGUUUGCAUUUCAUCUGACUGUUCAUUCUUAUAUUCCGGAGGCAAGGACGCAUCUAUAUUUAAAUGGAGUUUGAUCGAUUUUCGAAAAAUAUGCUCAGCCCAUGGUGGGCCCAAAGGAUCUAAUUCCAAAUACCACACUGGUCCAAUUCUGUCAAUGGACAUUUCAGACGACGGAAAAUACCUUGCGUCAGGCAGCUCUGACAAAAGUAUUCUUGUUUGGAACCCAGACGAUCUUCUUGUUUUGUUCCGCUUGCAAAGACACUUUGCUCCAGUUACCGCUCUCAGUUUUCGCCGUCAGUCACAUAUGAUGUUUUCCGGUGAUCGAUCCGGUCGGGUCUGUGUUUGGAACAUGCCUCUUACAGAAAUAUUACAGGAUCAAGGGUACGUCCUAUCUUACCUUUUUGUUAACAUAAUGUGCUUACCGAAAACUCUUAGGGCGGCCACUAAGGUUGAGGUACUCUCAAUAUGCGGACUUUCGGCAGAAAGAUGCGUUUCUUCUUCUGGAUUUGGGGGUGCAGGCAUCUGCUUGUGGAAGGUCGAAGAAGAGGUUUGCGUUCAGUACAGUGUAAAGAAUAUCUCCGAGCACUCUGUUGAAUGCGUUUAUGCCGUUAAUGAUGAUCUUUUCAUUGGUGGAUCAACGUCUAACACGCUGUACUUGUGGCACGUUAGCCGCGGAAGUCCUAUCUCAAAAAUCUACCCAGCCCACCCGCCUGUAACACGUGAUAUGGAUUCACCAACAUCCCGCCCUGCACUGAAUUGGGUUACAGCAGUUUCCGGUCUUUUUGGCACCGACCUAUUUGCUUCAGGUUCCUCUACUGGCCACGUUCGGCUUUGGCGACUCGUUGUAGAAGGAAAGGCAUUCACAUUCGGCGAUGAGGAUGAAGAGCCUAGGAGUAAGGGGCGUCUAAAAGUUCACCACGACACCACCAAAAUCGAACCCAUUCCCAAUGGAGAGUUCCACUUGGCGGGCUAUGUAAAUAGUUUGGCAUUUUCGAAUGAUGGGCAGUGGUUGGCUGCUGGGAUCGGACAAGAGCACCGCCUGGGGCGUUGGGAGGAUCGAAGAAAAGUGAACGACGUCGUCUGUCUCCUCCCCAUUAAUAUUUCAUUCAAGUGA